AUGGGGGCGCCGGUGCGGCUCAAUGUAUAUGACCUGACCCCUCAGAACGGAUGGACUUAUUGGUGCGGCGUGGGCGUGUUCCAUACAGGAGUGGAGGUCUUCUCUGUUGAGUAUGCUUACGGCGGCCAUGAGUAUGACGUCUCCGGCGUCUUUGCCACCAACCCGCGGGAAGCGCCCGGCGCGGUACUGUUCCGCGAGUCGAUAUACAUGGGUGACACCGACCUGACGCCCGGGCAGGUGCAGGCGCUGGUUCAGCAGCGGCUCUCGCACAGAGUGCGCGGGCUGGGGCGCAGCGCGUCGCCGCGCGCUCUCAUCGCCGGCGCCAGCAGCCUGCGCCUGUGGUUCCAGGCCCCGGGCGCUGCUUCCUCGCGACGCCGCCGCCUGGCCCGCCCCCUUUCGCCGCCGCAGAUGGGGCAACAAUACAAGGGCAACGCGUACCACCUUUUGCAGAGCAACUGCAACCACUUUGCCUCAGACCUGUGCCUGCAGCUCGUGGGCCGGCCCGCGCCCUCCUGGAUCAACCGGCUGGCGGGGCUGGCGGUGAUGCUGCACUGCCUGCUGCCACCGGCGUGGGUGCCGGCGCUGCAGACGCCCAGCAUGAGCCCGGAUGAGGAGCCGCAGGUCCUGGUGUCGGGCCGCGCCCACCCGCGGCGGCAACAGAAGGACGCGAGCCGCCAGCAGCUGCUGUCCCCGGGGGCGCCCUCGUCCUCGGACGACUUUUUGGACCCCCCUCGGCCGAUCACGACGCUCGGCGGGCGCGCGUGA